UAAAUUUUGUUUAUAUUAUAGUGCAAUUAGGAUUGAUUGUUAAUAGUUUGAAAUACACUAAAAUAAAUAUUAUUUAUAAUCAUUUAAUUAAUAAAUUAUAAAUAUGAAAUCUUAAAGAAGAGGAGGAGGUGGAGCAAGUGCAGGCUUUAAAAAGGGCACUUUGUACAACUAGUACCUUAAUAAAAGUUGUUAUUUUUAGGAUAAAUAUGGGAAAUUUUUGAAUCCUAAAUCGGAAGAGACUUUCAUCUAAGAAACUAUGUUUUACAUAAAUUUAGAUUUGUUUCAAUAAACGUAAAUUUUAGUGAUUAUCACGAGUUUAGCAAAGAUUAUACCUUGGUUUCACUUGAAAGAGCUUUUAAAUUACUAGGAUUUGGGAUUAAUAUUAUUACUGGUAGUGUCUUAUUUAAUGGGUUAUACGUUUAGGAAUAAGAAAUCGUACCAUUUGCAACGAUUAGCAAUUUUGAUCGUUAUUUUUUUUGAAUUAAUAACUAUUUAGUUUAUGUUGUUGGACAAGAACCUAGUUGAUAUAGAACUUUGGCAAAUAUUUGGAUAAAUAGGAAUAAUUAUUUAAAAUACCAUUAUUAUUACUACUCCUUUACAAUGCUUAGCGCUAACCUUCUUUUAAAAUUCUAUAUUGUAAGCUAUGAUUCUUUGCAGAGAGAAAGAAUAAUUUGAUUGUGCUAGAAAGCAAAUGCCCUACCAAAGCUAUUGUAAUAUAAAUAACUUAUAUGAGACAACGUUAUUUGAAUUCUUUUACUCUUCAAGCAACUUGAUUUGCAGUUAUACUCUUUUAACUAUUACUAUAUGUUAUAUCAUAAAUAGAAUUAUGAGAAGGUAUUGGAUAUUUAUAAACUCUUUUUAGAAGUCAGAUAAAAGCAAUUCCUACCUCUCUUUAAAAAACAUGACUACCUUUUUUAUUAUCGACUAGCACAUGCAAAUUGUUUUCUACAAUGAAAAAGGCUAACAUUUUAUAAGAAGCUGCGAAGAAGUGAAUGAGCGAAUUACAAAUUUAAGUCAACUAUUCAAAAACAAGGAACAACAAAGCACCAGUGCAGCAAAUGCAGCAAGAGACAAAAAAUUCUAAAGCAAGGGAGUUAUUAUUUAAGAAAAGGUGUAAGAAGUCAUUCAGCAAGACAAGGAAAUAGAAUUAGAAGUAUGGCUUGACGAAAGCUUAGGGAAAGGAAUAAAUCUCAAUAAUUAGUCAAACUAAACGGAAGAGUCUGUUUAUGAAUAAAUUGAAACAGUUGGACUACAACAGACAGAAAAUUACCAAAAAGUUUAUUAUAAACUUUUAAUGGGACCAAUAAUGUGGAAAAGCAGCAAGAUGAUACAAAUUAUUUUAGAAAAAUAACCAAAAGUCUCAGAAAUGGUUCAAAUUAAUGAAUAUUAUUAUGAUCUCUUAUUUAAAAACUCUUCAGAUAAUAUUAGUCAGCUUGAACGUGAUUACUUGAAAUGGUACAAUAUGGUUUCUUUGAAUGUCAUAAAAAAUGAUGACUUAAAAGAGUUGUCUAAAUGCAUUUAUGAAUAUCAUUAAUAAUACAUCUAUCUUUAUUUUAUCAGAAAGCUAAAUAACGAAUUCCAUAAAAUUGAGUAGAAAAACUUAAAUGAAUUCAACAUAAAAGCUAACAUAAUUUAAGCUGUCGAGAUCAUCUUAGUAAAAAAACUGCACUUAGUCAAUUAAAUUAAAGUUUAGUUUGAAGGCUCCUUCCCAUCACAUGAAGUCAUAGCAGAUGAUAUUCUAUUUCACCAUAUGAUGGUGAGCAUUUUAGAUUUAAUAAUACAACCUAUUGAAGAAAAGCAUGAGUAGAAGAAUAUCGAUUCGUUAACUUUCAAAAAUAGUCCUAAAUUAGGCUAGGAUGGUUAGGUACCUAGAAAUGCAGCAGAACCAGUGUAUAAGAAAUAAGAUUUCAAAAUAGAUUGCAAACUUAAAUAAAUUAGGAGAAACGAAAUAUUCGAUCUACUUUUUAUUUUUGAAUUCCAUUGUUUACCUGAAACAGAGAGAUUGCUUUAGAAAGUAUUCAAAAAAGUAAGAAAUAUCGAUGCUAACGAUUUUAUCAAUCCCUCUGAUUUGCUUAAUUAAGGUAAAGAUUACGUUAAUCUAUUCCUUAUUUUCUUGCAGCUAAAGAGAUAUGAUGGUGAAUUUGACCUUGAAAAAAAAUAAUAUCAUGAUAUUAUAAUCAGUGACGCACACCAUGAUAGUAAUGAUGAGCACUAAGGUGAUAUAGAAAGUAAUCCCAAAAGUAAAAAUGAUUAAAACAUUUAUCUCUUGAGCAUUUCACUUAGUGUUUAACCUGUUUCAAUGCAAACAUUUCCUGGAAAAUACAGUAGUAGCAAUGAGAGUACUUUAAGUAUGCGCUUAGGAACUACUAUGACGAAAGCAAUGACUUAAAAAAAUAAUUUAAAAAAUACAAUAAGAUGUCCUGCUCCUUUGAAUCUAUCAUUUGCAAGAGAUCCAAAAAUAAAUCUUUAGAAAAAUAUGUUUUUGUGGUAAUAUCAUGAUGAAAAAGAGGCAAAAAAGACAAUUCGUAAAGUUAAGACUAAAGCACUUCACAAUAAAAUGUUUUCAGGAGCUCAACAGCAAUCUAGGAUAAAUAAAAUACCAACAAAUAAGGAAAUCGAUUCUUCAUAGCAACUUUCAUUAAGCUAGUCCAAUAUCCCUUCGUCGUAGCAAGGAGUUAAUUCAUAACCAUCUAUAAAUAAACCUCAGAUCACUAAUUAAUCGAGUGGAAACAACUUAUAACCAAUUAAAAAGGAAAGUGAUGAUACAAUUUGCAUAAAUUCAUAGAUUUCUUGUAAUUCUGGUUCUUCUUCAGGAAUACCAUAAAUUCCUAUUUCAAAUCCAUCUUCUAUCUAUCAUAAAGAUCACAGGGAUAGUAUAAAAAAGUCAAGUGAUUUAUUCAAUUUGUAAAAAAUGGGAGCUUAAUCACCUAAAGCUAUGCCUUUGAAUUCUAACAUUCAUAAACAAGGCAGAAGAAGGACAUCAAUAAUUGGAGCCCAACCCUAAUCAAAAUAAUUCACAGAUGAAAUUAUUGUAGGCAGCACAAAUAAGGUUCGCUCUCUUUCAAGAUAAGUUUCAUAGAGAAUUUAAGAAGAAAAUAAUACAAGUGAAGAAGAAGAAAAGAAAGACUUGUUCUUAUCUGAUAACAAAUAAGCGAGCAGUUAAUAUUAAUAGAAAACUUCCUCAAGUUAUAGGAAAAUACCAGAUAGUACUCCUCCAGUGCUAAACUCUUCCAAAUCCUACAGCUAAAACAACAACUAAAGUUCAAGUAAAAAAGGUCAAAAUGGAUAAAGCCUUAUUUCUCCACUUGAAGUAAAAACUGGAAACAAUAUUAAAAAUCAAGAUAGAUUAAUUAAUCCCAUCAAGGCAUUCCUACUAAAGGAAGAUAAUAUUUAAGUUACCGAAUUUAAAUCUGAGAAUCUAAUUUUAGAAAAGAAAAAAAAUAUUGAAGAAGAGGAGGAAGAAGAACAUGAAUAAAUAGAUGAAAAAUAAUAAAAAAUUUAAAUGGUAUGCAAAUAAAUCUAAGAAACACUUAAGUUAUACAAACCACUUUUCAUCUAAGAUACUUCAUUAGUUAUUAAAUAAAUUAUCAGUCACUCCAAAUUACUCUCAGGAUAAGAUAUUAAUGUUAUUCAGUAGAUGAAGGAUUUAAGAAAUAGCCCCUACUUAUUCCAUUCUUAAAGUUCUGCUGCAACUCCUGGUAAUAACCAUGGUGCAGGAGGAGAUGAGAGCGAUAACAGCCAAUCAAAUACUUAAUAAAGAAGAAAAAUUAACAGAAAUAAUGCUAAAAUGAGAAAAAAUACAAGCAUUCUUGAAAAAUUGUCAGGUGUUAAUCCAUCUUCUACAGGAUACUAAUUGAGAAAAUCAUUUAAAAUGAAAAUGCAAUUAUAAUAAUUUACUGAUUCUCCUUAGCUUGAAUCAUAAGGCUUACAUGGAGAUAGCAAUGCACCAAGUAGAGUUUCAAGAGAGUUCGAUACAGUUUUAACUAAUACUCCUAGUUAAACGCAAAUGACAACUAGUGUAAUGAAUACUAAAAUGAUGGAAAGUAGUAUAAAUCAAACUCUUUAAAAGGAAGCUGUUGAAUAAAACUUUGACUGUAUUUAGAGUGCAGAUGAUGAGUCUCGUCAUGAAAAUUAUCAGAUUGAGGCAGUAGAACGCAAAAGGGCAAGCACAUAUGAUAUCCCAUUUACCUAUACAUAUUAUUAAAAUAACGACGAAAUACAUUCCUACUUACUACCAAAGUAAAUUAACGAAUCAAGAGCUAAAACACAUAGAAGAUAAUGGCUUACUGAUGAUGUAUGGAGGAAAUAGCAUUAUUCUAGAUCAAAGAACAUUUUGGUUUAUACCAAUAAUUCUUAGAUUGUAUCUUAAUUGAAGCAGAUAUCUUAGGUUAGCAAAGGAUUUUAGGAUUGUAAGCAUGUUCGUAUAAUUAUGAGUUUAAUCAAAGAGUAUCAAUAGAUGAUAGAGAGUUGUAAUAUAUUCCUAUUUAUUCUAAUUGAUUUUUAGGAGUAGCUAGAUAAAGCUGAAAAUAUCUUGCAGUAAACAGCUGCUCCUAUUAGAGAAUGUGAAGAAAGAAUGGGAGUUCCAAAGACUUACAUUAUUGGAUAUGUAGAUUUUAAAAACUAAGCAGAGUUCUUAAGUAAAAAUUUUGACAAAAUAGAUUUUUGGGUAAAUCAUCAAGAGAGUGAUUUAAGCAGCACCAUUACAGAAUAUGUAAAUCAAAUAAAAAAGAAAGAAUUUGAUUGAUAACAAACAAAUAACGUUAAAUUUAAAUUUUCUUUAAAUUUUGUAAAUUUACUAAAAAAAUUACAAAAUGUCAAAUUUUAUUUAUUUCCUAAGCUUUUUUUCUAAUAUGUAUUUAUAUAUGUAUAUUUUUAUGCUUAUAUAAUGUUAAUAUUUGUGAUAUAAUUACAAUUCAGUUAUAUCCUUUAAAAUAACUACCAAAAGAAAAAAUUACUUUU